GAAUCCAACAUGGCGGCUGCCAUGGAGCUGAGAUGCUGGGGAGGAGACUGGGGUUUACCUUCUGUCCACUCCGAGUCCCUCAUAGUUCUGGCAUACUCAAAGUUCGCUGGGGCAAAAGUCACAGUUUCUCCUAUAGACUGGACAUGGAAAACUCUAACAGCCACAGUCCCAGAGCUGCUGUGUGGAGACGCUGUAGUUCAAGAACCAUCACAGAUACUCAACUUCCUGAGGAAACAGAGGUAUAACGCAGACUAUGAGCUGACAGCCAGACAGGGAGCAGACACCAUGGCUUACAUCGCCCUGCUCGAAGAGAAACUGCAACCAGCUCUGCUGCACACGUUCUGGGUGGAUGCAGAAAACUACGCCAAUCUGACACGGCCAUGGUUUGCUUCACAUUCGCCGUUCCCACUUAACUUUCUGGUCCCUUGUCGCCAUGCCAACACCGCUCUCUCCCGCAUCCUUCUAACCAAAGGAGAGGCGCCUCUACACAGAAUCACUGAGGUGGAGGGGAAGAUCUACAGUGAUGCUAAAGAGUGCCUGAAUCUGCUCUCGUACAGACUGGGGACAGCAAACUACUUCUUCGGCAACUCGCCGACCAGUCUGGAUGCCUAUGUAUUUGGUUUCGUGGCACCCCUCAUUAAAGCCAAUCUUCCCAGCAGCCCUUUGCAGAGCCACCUCAAACAGCUGGAUAACCUCAUGAGCUUCUGUGACACCAUCCUCGCGGUGUACUUCAGCUCGGACCACCCUUGUCCUCCCCCACCUGUUCAGGAAACAAUGGAUGCAAACCUGCAGAAACUAACUCAGCUUGUAAACAAAGAGUCCAACUUAAUAGAAAAGAUGGAUGAUAAUCUUCGCAGCAGCCCUCAGCACAAACCGCACAGACCAGACCCCAAACCCAGUCUGCUCAGCGAGAAGAACUCCUCCCCUGCCUGACCCUUCACCUCGCAGCCCUGAUCCAGCCUUAUGAAUCCACGUGGAACCGCCCAUAGAUGAAAGGUGCUCUGACUCAACGUUCUGAAAUAAUAAAAAAAACAUACUGACAGAACUGAGCUGCAGCUUCUGCAGCAUGAAAGGAAAAUAACUUAAUAAUUAAUGGAAGUCUGACUAUAUAACUAUAAAAAAGACCUUUUUAAGGCAAGAUAAUGAUGAAAGAUUUCACAGAUGUUCAUAUGAAAGCGAAGGAAAGUGCUUGUGUGAGGUCUUUAAAAAGGUUUAGUGCAUGUAUGUGGUAAAGAUGGAAUGCUAUGAAGUGGUGCCCAAUGAGAAAGACACAGACAGCUGAGGGAAACUUAGAGUUGAAUAUGAAAAUUUAAAUUCCUAUGGUAAAUACUAAGUUAGAGACAUUGGUCGCUAAAGUAGAACGGUGUGGGACUAGAGCACCUUAUUUCACCAUUGAAGAAAUCUCAAAUUACUCUAGUUUAUAAAUCUGUGUUUUUAUCAUGAAGCAGACAUGAAUCCUUGUAUCUACUGUAAAAUCGUCUGCACUGUAAAUUCUAAUAGAAUUUAAAGUAGAUGAUUAUGUACAGUAUGUAUGCAGUCAGACUAUAGGAAUAACCAAUUGCUUGUAUAGUUGUAAAUACUUUCAUGAGUGUCCUCUAAUUGAUACGAUCAGCUCUUUCACAAUCAUUGCUUCGGCCUUGAACUCCUAAUAAUUUCCAAACGUUUUCUUGACUUUUCUUUUCACAUAUGAAGAACGCAGCAGGAGAUUGACCAAGUCAGAUGCGUUCAGAAAACAUUAAAAUCUCCACGAUUUUUAGGCGAGUGUUGCUUCUGGGUAGAUCACGUGGGGACGUUAUAUAUAAAGUCUGCUGCAUGUUUUUUGUUUAUAGCACUUUAAUACAAGAAUCUGCCCUUAUCAUCAAAAGCUCUUGAAUCUCGUUGUCUUUCCAAGCUGACAUCUUUGUGUUUGUUGUGUUUUUCCUCCUGAGAUAUUUGUGUUCUUUUUGUUUUGCUCAGUGAUGCGACUUGGCUCACUUGGACAUUCUCCGGAUAUUUAACUCGAGGGGCUGGCAGGAAAAGCUAGAGAAUGUCCGGAGCAACUGUCUCUGACAUUUGUGUUUUCACAUACAGCCCCUCUGGAUCAUUUCAGGAGAAUAUGUGGAGUUAAGUGCAGGUCUGAACGCAGCUUUAGAUACACUGAGGUAAUGGAAGGGCUCUACACACUGUAUAAAUGUGUUCAUGCAAAACAUUUGGGACUAACCACUGUGUCUUUCUAUCAUUUCCGUCCUUAUUGUGCCAGAUAUUCUGGGUCAUUAACCCUCCGCUCACUUCUGUUGUUGCCAGAACUUUUUUAGGACCACAUUCUAUGUGUUAUUAUUUGUUAUUCCUGUUUAACAAACAUUCUGCUCAAACUGAAGUGUCUGUCCCGUUUGGGAAAGUCUCAUUCGCUGCCUUCUGUUUUCCCUCAUUAUUACCGUCUGAUUAUCUAGAUUGGACUGUAAAAUGAGUUGCCUGUUUUUCUUCACUUGUCAUGUUCCCAAGUCUCCUCGCAGCUCAAAUCAUUACUGAGUCCACUCUGUGUGUGUGUUUCUUUCAUGAUCCGUGUCCCAGUUUAAAAAUGUUGAUACUCAAAAAGAUUUAUGGCUUUUGCAGCUUCUAGAAAAUACUUCAUGGACAUGUUCACCUUUAAAGUUCCAUACUCUCAGACUAAAGAGUCCACAGGUGUGAGUGUGUGUGCGUUGCAGAGGCUUGUGAGGAUCAUUUGGGUGCAGUGUGCCUUCAUGACUGCUGGUGUCAACAUGCUGACCUUCGCUGUUUUGAUACAUGGUCAUAAAUUAUGUCUUUGUCAUUUCCGCUGCCGUUGUCCAUGAACCUGUUCAUGGUUGGAAACCAUAUCAUAUUAUCUUAUUAAAAAUAAUAUUUAAACUGUA